UUCUCCAUCGCAGUGCGGGGCAUCGACUACAUAUGCUAUAUUCGUUGAGAUAGUAUAUAAAGACGACAUACUGUCCCCUUCUCAAUUCAUUCCUCCCUAAGUCCUCACGGAAUAAUACCCCAAUAUAUACCAUUACCCUCAAUUGCAACCAAUUAAACCAAAAACACCACAAUGUCUCUCAAACCAAUUGUUCUCUACAGUCACACCGGUCCCAACCCGUGGAAGGUGACUGCCAUCCUCGAAGAACUUAAGCUCCCCUACGAAACCAAAUUCCUCCAAUUCCCCGAAAUGAAACAAGACCCCUUCGAGAAACUCAACCCCAACGGUCGUGUCCCCGCCAUCGAAGACCCCAACACCGGUAUCUCCCUCUGGGAAUCCGGCGCUAUCGUCGAAUACCUCGUCGAAACAUACGAUAAGCAAAACACCAUUAGCUUCGCCGCUGGUUCCCCCGAGUACUUCCAGGCAAAGCAGUGGCUGCACUACCAGAUGUCCGGACAGGGUCCGUACUUCGGACAGGCCGUUUGGUUCAGUGUUUUCCACCAGGAGAAGGUUCAGAGUGCCAUCGACCGGUAUCUGAAUGAGAUCCGGAGGGUGUCGGGUGUGUUGAACAAGGAGUUGGAGGGUAAGGAGUAUCUCGUUGGGGGCAGGUACAGUUAUGCUGAUGCGGCGUUCGUGCCGUGGUAUGUUGCCAUUGGGGCACGCCUUGCUGGUGCCGUCGACGUGGCUAAGGAGUUCCCUAACCUGAAUGCUUGGUUGGAGAAGGUCAAGGCUAGGCCCGCGGUGACUAAGACUUUCCAGGACAAAGCUGCUGCUAGUGCUCAGCACUAAGCGUCUUGGAUUGGAUAGUGUUGUAUAUUCUGGAAUCCUGCUAUGAAACGCAAUCGUGUAUGUAAAUAUGUAAUGGUUGAUGAUUGAUUAUGUUGCAACAAUAAUGUAGAGUUCUGUAUCUGUAUUCCGUAGCUGAGUCGGUGUUUCGGAUACAGCUGUUUGACAAGAGCCGGAGCGCAAGGCCAUUCUCGUCAACGAUACAAGAGCCGUAGUAGACAGAACAGGACCAUGAG